GCCUUGUUCCAUCAGCGUGGCUUCGUCUCUGUUUCGUUCUCAGUCUGUGGUGAGCAGUGGUCACUUCACGUGGAAUAAAACCAAUCCUGUUGGGGGGGGACCCCAUAAAAAAAACUCAUUGAUGCAGUGAAGUGAAUAACGAUAAUGUUGAUAAAAUGUGAAUGUGAGUGAGUGAAGUAACUAUUAAUGCACUCGACGCCAGUUUUAUGAUGGCACUGAGGAGAUUUAGGGGCGCCCUCGCUGCCUGCAUCUUGUGCACUCUCGCCGCAUCUUUUGCCCAUGGCUCACCAACCUUAUUGUUCACCACGACGAAGGACAUCCGCGUGGCGAACACAUCGCGAGGUAACAAGGUAAUAACAGUAGUGAAGGAUCUUAAUCAAGGUGCUGCACUGGACUUCUUCUGGGAGAGAAGACUCGUGUGCUGGUCAGACAGUGGGCUCGAGAUGAUCCAAUGUGUUAAGACCAACGGUACCCACUCGGGUGAGCGAAUAACAGUGGCAAACUCAAGUCUGAUAUCACCAGAUGGUCUAGCCUGUGACUGGUACACCGGUAAACUCUACUGGACCGAUGGUGAGAAGAACAGAAUCGAGGUGACGAGCAUCGAUGAUGAUAAGCAAAGAAAGGUCUUGUUCUGGACCGACAUAUCAGAACCUAGAGCUAUUGCCCUAGUCCCCAUGAGAAGCAUAAUGUUCUGGACUGACUGGGGGGAUGUGCCGAAAAUCGAGAGAUCCUCGAUGGACGGUAAUCCCAGCAGUCGCAGGGUCAUUGUUUCUGAUGACAUAAUUUGGCCGAAUGGUUUGACGAUAGAUUACGACAAUGAGCUUGUCUAUUGGGCUGAUGGAAAGCUCAAGUUCAUAGCAGUGAUGGAUUACAACGGGAAAAACAGAAGGAAAAUUGUGACAGAGGGAUUGGCCUAUCCAUUUGCUAUAUCUUUUUUUGAUCAGAAACUCUACUGGACAGACUGGAAGACAUUCUGCAUUCAUUCGCAUGAGAUAAGGUCCAGUACAAGCCAGUCAUCACCACGUGAACUCAUGAAUGGUGAGUACAUACCAGGGGACAUCGAAGUCUGGGAUCCACGGAGACAACCGUACUCUGAUAAUCCCUGUCGACACAACAAUGGUAAUUGUUCAGAUCUGUGCUUACUCAGCACUGAUGCAUCUGGUUAUAGUUGUGCCUGCCCAACUGGAGUCAAACUCAUUGACAACUACACGUGUGCCAAGAGACCUGAGGAACUUUUACUCAUCGUUCAACGCAAUGAGAUCUGUCGAUUGUCACUCGAUUCACCUGAUUACACGAAUUUUGUUUUACCAUUGAGUGGAAUAAAGCACGCCAUUGCCAUUGACUUUGAUCCCGUUGAUGAGAUGCUGUAUUGGACGGAUGAGAAGGCACGAGCAAUCAGACGAGCCUUCCUGGAUGGAUCGGGACAGGAGGACAUCGUAACGACUGAGGUGACUAAUCCUGAUGGAAUCGCCAUUGAUUGGAUUGCGAGGAACAUGUAUUGGACGGAUACAGGAACAGAUAGGAUUGAGGUGGCCAGGCUGAAUGGCACCAGUAGAAAAGUACUGAUCAAUGAGGAUCUGUUAGAACCGAGGGCUAUUGCACUGGCGCCCCAGCUCGGCUGGAUGUUUUGGACAGAUUGGAAUGAGAAGAGACCGAAAAUCGAGCGAAGUAAUCUUGAUGGAAGUGAACGCACUCUUCUCAUCAGCAAAGACAUCGUCUGGCCGAAUGGUAUAGCCCUUGAUCUUGAACGGAGGAAGAUUUACUGGUGCGAUGCGAAGAUGGAUAAAAUCGAGGUGUGCAAUAUGGAUGGCUCUGACAGACGAGAAGUCAUCACUGAUAAUCUCCCUCAUCUGUUUGGCUUGAGUCUUCUCGGGGAUUAUCUUUACUGGACAGAUUGGCAGAGGCGAAGCAUCGAUCGGGCGCAUAAAUUGACUGGAUCCGAUCGUGAAGUGAUUGUUGAACAGGUGCCCAAUGUCAUGGGCGUUAAGGCUGUCCAUCUGGGGAACAUCGAGGGGAGUAAUCCUUGCGCAAGGGACAAUGGGGGUUGUAGCCACUUGUGCCUGAACAGACCUGGGGACAAUUAUGUUUGUGCUUGUCAGAUUGGGUACGAGCUGACGAAGGACAAGAGGACCUGCGUUGUUCCUGAUGCUUUUCUAUUGUUCUCCAGAAAGGAUAAUAUCGGAAGGAUCAGCAUCGAAAACGCUAACAAUGAUAACAUCAUUCCGGUGACUGGGGUGAAGGAGGCGAGUGCACUGGACUUUGAUAUAUCACAGAAUAGAAUAUAUUGGACUGAUGUUAAGGCGAAGGCUAUCACCAGGGCUUUUAUCAAUGGAUCAGAGGUGGAGAGAAUUGUCGAUCUGGGACUGGAGACACCUGAGGGACUGGCAGUUGACUGGAUAUCUCAUAAUCUUUACUGGAGUGAUACUGGAACCAGGAGAAUUGAGGUGAUCAGGCUCGAGGGCUCCAGCAGAAAAGUCCUCAUCUGGCAGGAUCUCGUGGAGCCCAGAUGUCUGACACUUGAUCCUGGCAGGGGGCACAUGUACUGGAGUGAGUGGGGAAAGUCGGGAAGUAUUGAGAGGGCUGGAUUGGAUGGAACUGCAAGACAAGUGAUGAUCUCCAAUAUUGGGAGGACUCAUGGAUUAACCAUUGAUCAUUCAGCCAAUAAAUUGUAUUGGGCGGAUCUGUUCACUCCGGCCAUCGAUUCUUUUGACCUGAAAACGUCUAAGAGACGAGCUGUCAUCAAGCAGGAUAUUGUAUAUCCAUUUGGUAUCACUCAGUAUUUGGAUUACAUCUACUGGACUGAUUGGAAUACUGGGGAUAUUGAGAGGGCGAAUAAGACAACUGGGGCCAAUCGUACGAAAAUUCAUAAUAAACUCGAAUCCGUCACUGAUAUUCUCGUGUUUCAUGCUUCGAGACAGGCUGGAUGGAAUCCUUGUGCUGUUAAUAAUGGCGAGUGCAGUGAUAUUUGCAUUGCACUGCCUGACUCCAACGGCAAUCCUUCUCAAUCGCACAGGUGCACCUGCCCGACUCACUACAACCUCGCAGCGGAUAAUAAAACAUGUAUUGCCCCUCGGAACUUUAUGGUCUACAGUCUGCGCAAUGUAAUGGGCCGCCUUCUUCCCGACAUUGACGAUUGCCCGGACGUUGUCCUCCGUGUUCAAGGUAUACGUAAUGUAAGAUCAAUAGAAUUCGAUCCAAUAACCCAACACAUCUACUGGAUAGACGGACGUACAAUGUCAGUCCGUAAAGCCUUAGAAAAUCGAACACACGCAUCAGUAGUAAUUCCGGGUGGUACGGGUUCACAUCCCUUUGAUCUUGCUCUCGAUCCCCUUGGUCGUCUUCUUUUUUGGUCGUGCUCAGAGUGUGACGCUAUAAAUGUCACCCGAUUGGACAAUGGCUCGUCUCUGGGUGUUGUCGUUCAGGGAGACGGUGAGAAGCCCAGAAAUAUAGCUGUUCAUCCUGAGAAACGUCUUCUCUUCUGGACGGACAUCGGUGGUAAGAUGAAAGUCAUGCAGAGUAGUAUGGAUGGAAAAGAUCGAAUAAUAAUCGCUACGGAUUUGAGCCAACCAACGGCGCUGGUCGUUGACACAGCGACAGAUCAAAUUUUCUGGGCACAUGGUAGACAAAUAGAAUUUUGCGAUAUCGAUGGUAAAAAUCGUCGUGCACUCGUUUCCGUUGAGGAACAGGGUUCAAUCGCCUACCUGGCGACCCUGAAUGAUCAUCUCUACUGGUUCAAUCGUGAGAAUCAAGUGGUGGAAAGAGUGAACAAGAGCACAGGGGCCAACAGACGAAUGAUGAUGAACAAACCACUUUCUGAUCUUGUGACAGUGAGAACACCUGACGAUCACGUUAUGGAGUCUCAUGUCUGCAGCCCCUUCAGGGAUUACGGUGGGUGCUCCCACUUUUGCAUCGGCAGUGGAGCCAGUGUCAGAUGUUCUUGUCCUCUGUUUCUCGUUCUCGCCGAGGACGGUAGAACCUGCAGGGCAGCACCAGCUUGCGGUGCUGAUCACUUCACUUGCGCUGACUCCGCAUCAGCCCUUGCCAAGGAUUGCAUACCAGCGACGUGGAAGUGCGAUGGACAGCCUGAUUGUUCUGAUGGUAGUGAUGAGCUUGGCUGUCCUGCUUGUGGACAGGAUCAGUUCAGAUGCCAGAGUGGACAGUGCAUCGAUGUCUCCUGGGUGUGCGAUGGCACACCACAAUGUCAAGAUGGCUUUGACGAGGCUCACUGCUGUCAACCUGGACAAUUUAAGUGCGCUGUUACUCUGGCGUGUAUUGCUGGGAGUGCAUUGUGCGAUGGGUGGGAGAAUUGCGCUGAUGGAAGCGAUGAAUCAGCCCAUGCAUGCACAUCCACGAAUAAUCGAAGACAGGAGAUUGGCGCUGCUGUGGAGACGGGGAAAUCGGCUUAUCUUAUUGUUGUGUUGGUACUCGUUGGAGUACUGUCUACUGCGGUACUCGGGUAUUACUACUGUAGGAAGAAGAUUGCGGGGAAUGAUGAACUACCGGAUAUAUGUCUUCAUGACUCCGCUGGAGAUCCACUGUCACCCAAACCUGGGAGGUCUGGUAAACCAGUUUUGAUGCACAAGAACGGAGUGAAGGAUCUCAAGGCUGGACUCAAAACCAUGAGGAUGUCUUCCCUCACGGCUAGUAGCAUUGGCUCCAGCUAUGAUCGCAGUCACAUUACAGGUGCGUCAAGUUCAACUAGGGGUAGUUCAGCUGGGGGUUACCCUCAGGAGACUCUCAAUCCCCCACCAAGUCCAGCAACCACCGCAAACUCGACUCGUUGCUCGAGCAGCAAUGCCUCUCGUUAUCGCCCCUAUCGCUACUACCGCAGUAUAAAUCAGCCCCCACCUCCCACCCCCUGUAGUACCGACGUCUGCGACGAGUCAGACAGCAAUUAUCCUCAGCUAGCUCGGUACAGGUACGAAAGUGAGCCAGGCCCACCACCACCAACGCCGAGAUCUGUGUACCACAGUGACACAGCCUACAGCUGUCCACCAUCUCCGAGCUCGAGGUCUUCGACAUACUUCAGUCCACUUCCACCUCCACCAUCUCCAGCGCCGUAAGGGAUGUACGAUGAUCGGGUAGGAUUUUAUUAACGCAUAAAAAACCAUCGAAAUUUAAUUUUCGUUUUGCUCUUCCUCGCGAGAAAGUAUUAAGUGAAUCAAAAUAAUGAAUUGGGGAUUUCUUAGUAUUCGAUGUGAAGAUUCAAUGAACAAUAUUAGAUACGUUGUUCUCAUUUUUCAAACAAUGGAAAAUAAACUACACUAGAACUGACGGAUUUUUGUGGGAAAGAAAAUCGUGUCUAAUGGGUUUCAUCAAAUUUUUAAUGUUCACCAAUUUAAAAGAAAAAAUCACGCAAAAAUUCAAUUAUUCGAUAUUUAAAUGAGGGCCUCCAUUAGCUUUAAGUUUUAUUUUAAUCAGAAUCGGUGCUACAUUGAGUGUGAAAAAAUUUAAUGAGGGGAAUUAUUCAGCCGAAAAAUUGGAACUUCAAAAAAUUGGAGUUCUGCACUUCAGAACUCGAAAAAAAAAUUCCACAGACCUCGAAACUUUUUCCCAUUAAAUUUUUUCAUACUUAUGACCUUCGUACAAAGAUACGACAGGUCUAUCAAACAAAACGCAUUUAGAAAAGUGCAAAUAUCUGUUUUAUAGUUGAAUUAGAGUUUUGUACAAAGGGAAGAAGAAGUUGUGCCUCAAGUGCCUAGUGAUCAUGCCGCACAUUCUGCGAGUAGUUUAUAAAAAAACAGAAUAAUGCAGCAUGAUGCAUUGUAAAUAAUUAGCGUGUAAAUAAAAAAUGGUGACGAUCAAACGAAUAGUUUUCACCACAGUACAGUGAACAAAAAAAAAACGUGUAAAAAUGUACAUGACAGUUUGUUUCCACUUUCGAAAUAAUUUUUAAGACAGCCCACACAGCGUUUCAAGGAAAUAGUCUCAUCUCCAGUGUCUGCACAAAGGCCAUUAAUUACGUCUAUGUAUACUCUGUUAAUUGUGAUAAAGAUAUAUCGUAUUACAUUAUAUUCUCGUUAUUUGUCUCUGAAGAGAGAAUGGAGAGAAGAUUACACAUGGACUUUGUGGUUUUUUACCUGAAUGUGGCAUUUAACCAAAGGCUGCUUCCACGAUUAUAAUAGGAUUAAUAUUAAUUUUUUUCAUCGAUUUGUAUCGCUCGAUUGUGCUAUACAUCGAGAUAUUUUAUACGCACAUUCUGAGAUAAGAGGUGACCGCAGUGGAAUUUGGAAUCGAUUUCGUUAAUUUUUUUGUCUCACUUGGUGGGAAAAAAUUUAAUUUUUAUUUUUUUAGUCAUGAAAAAGAAGUCUUAGAGAGGUAAAAUGUUGAAGUGGGUCCUCUGACGCGAUAUCCAGCCUCAUGAAAACAAUAAAUAGUCUAUAGGAAUUUUAGAUUUCAAUCGCGGUCUCCUCUUGACGAAAAAAUAUAUAUCGCUGAUUUUGUACGCGACAUGAAGGAGCGUUGAGAUUCCUGUGCAAUUUGUAUCAAAGUUUUUGAUCCCAAAAACGCAUUCGUUGAACAGGAUAAGGCUAUUAGAGGUAUUUAUCAACUAUUGAUUCAUUGCUACAUUAUAAAUCUGAAUUUUCGAAUUUUUUUAGACCUUAUUAUUAAAAAUAAAUAGGAAUAAAGGAGUCAAAGGGUGUUCAACACAAUCCUCUUCGAGAGGAAAAUAAUUCUCUGAAGUCGGACUUAUCCUGUUGCAACACUUUUCAAUCGAAUUACGUAAAUUAAUUAAAGACUACAGGGUGCCAUAACCAUUAAUCAUUCUAGGAUAGAAAAAUAAUUCUCUCCCCUAAAAAUAUUAAUCGCCAUUAAUCAAAUUAUUUCGCACUGCCAAUUUUUAUGAAAUUCGGCUCAUGAAUGCAAAAAGUAUUAUUAAGAAAUAUGAAAAUAAUUCCACGACCACAGACGACAGAUUUUUCUUUUAAUUCGUAAUGUAUGUAUCGUAUUCUGUUUAUGUAUAAUAUUUGUACAAAAAAAGAAGGCAAGGACGACUAAUAAUAAUUUUUUUGUUGUAUUUUAAA